CCAUCACAAAACUACUUUUCAGGAGUUGCAAACUCCACACAAAAGCUACCAGUAGUUGUUUAUACUCAUACACAACAGUCAGUUUGAUCAUCAUGGCUCCUCAUGCUCCAGCAGAGAAGGAAAGUUGGAAGGUGUUUGUGCAAGUUUGUGGUCUCUCUAGAUCAGACUGCCAUACCCUGUGGGGCAAAGAGUUGGAGUACAGCACCAUGGAGAGACUGAGCUUGUUUGGGCUUCACGAAGAUAUUCAGGUCCUGUUGGAUGCUGGCUUUAGCCAUGCCAAGGCACACAUGAUCCUUCUGUUUGCUACCUACUUGCUACACAACACUAAUAAAAAAACCAGUGAAGAAGAGGCCGUGACUGUGCCAUCAGAUCUUACCUUUCAUGACAUUCUCCAGUUCAACAUAAAGCUCAAGCAACCACAACCACAACAACAACAACAACAGCAGGUUCCAAUGAUGAUGCAACCAGUCCCAAUGAUGAUGAUGCCAAUGCAACCACAAAUGUUCAUGCAGCCUCAGCCACAGUCAUACGUCCAACCGCAGCCACAGCCUUACAUGCAGCCUCAGCCACCACAAGCGGUCCAACAACCAGCAGUGGAACAACCUCAGGCGCCAUCCCAGCAACCACCACAGGUCUUACAGCCUCACCCACAGCAACCACCACAGGUAGUGCAGACUCGGUCACAACCGGAGCAGCAAAUGGUGCAACCACCGACACCAGUUCAACCGGCUCCCGCAGAAGAUCCCCAAAGUCCAGUCGCCGCUGGCAAGAGCACAUCAGCUUUCAGCUCUCAUCUCGAAAUCAAUCGCCCGGUCUUUGUACGACAGGGUACGGGCGGCAGCACUGGCAGUCUAGGUAGCAAGCACAGCAUGAGCUUGAAGAGCUUGGCAUCUGAUAAUGCCAGCCGUGGAAGCAUGCACAGCCUGAAGAACGGAAGCAUGAACAGUCUCAAGAGCUUGGGGUCGGAGAGUGCCAGCCGGGGAAGCGUAUCCAGGAGGAAUGCGAGAUGGUCAUCCAAGGCCCCACAAGGCCCUAAAGCAACAUCCUUCAACAGUUCAACGACCAAGACGACCAAGAGUACUACCGGCACUGGGGACUUCAAUGACAGUGCGAGCGAUUUCUCCGUCAUGAGCAGAAAUUCGAGGAAUAGUAUCAAGAGCUUCAACUCCAAGGCCCGCAAGUUCAACCGACGCAUUGCCAAUCGUAAAAAGAAGAAGGAGCCGCAGCUGCAAAGGUCCAAUAGCAACGACAGCAACAAGUCAUUCAAGUCAGCCAAGUCCACAAUGAUGGAUACGAGCGCCACAAACAUGUCUGUCAAGACUGCCCAAACUGCCGCCACCAGCAUGUCAUCAUCUCGUUGGGCCGCGGAUGCGACUCCAGGAAUGCCCGUCCCCACCACUGCCGUCGUUCAACAACAACAGGAUUUGGAUGACUUCAGUGAUGCAUCUGACUAUUCUGAAACCGAAAGAGAACAACCACAAGAGCCCUUUACGGCCCCACCGCCCGCUUUUGAACGAGAAGACUCGGGCUGUACCGUUAACACGCGCAAAACAACCAGCGAGACCAACUGUUAUCCGCCGUACCGCCGUUGCUCCAUUGGCAUGAACAACAAGCCUCACCAACACGAGGAACCAGAAGAAGAAGAAGAGCAACAUUUCCACGACUGUCGCAACCUCAAGUGCGACAGCAUCCCCUGCCCCCCACCACGAUCUGCUACUUCGAGAUCUUGUCUACGAUGGGCCAAGGCAUUGGAUGUCAAUGAGGACUUGACCGAUUCCGAGCAUGAAGACGAAGAUGAUGAUGACGAAUACGACAGCGAUGACGAAACUGAAUCAUCUGAUGAAGAAGACAGUGACGAUGACGAAGAGGAUAGUGACAGCGAUAGCGACGAGGAUGACAGCAGCGACGAGUCCGAAAGCGAUUCGAGCGACUAUGAUGCACUGAUGGAAAACGACGAGUUUGCCGCCGUCAUUCAACGCGCUGAAGCAAUGGCAAAUGCCCAGCGCCCCCCUCGUCCGCAACACUAUCCUGCUGCAAACAAGGACCAUCACGAAGAAAAAGCCGUCACCCACAAAGCGGGAAACAAUGUUUGUCAGAAGCAGACUAGGAAAGGGAACAGAGCCAAGAAGAGCGAAUCAAGCAGCGAUGGUGGCAAUAUCCUGAGCUUCAAGACACACAAUGUCACAACACAUGAGUGGGUGUUGCCUGCAAAUAAAGUUCUACCAAUUUCCUUACAAGAUCUCAUCAGAGAGGCGUCGGGAAAUCCAGAAGUGGAUAUUCAACAAAGGAUUCAACAGGCUCUAAUGGGGCAAUAA